AUGGGCAGGACAUCAACACCUCGCGUCCUAGCAGCCAUUCUGGCAUUUAUCGUUUUGGUGUUUUACUUGGUGCCUUCCAGCGAAAAACCCCGGCCGAUUCUGAAAAUCACGAAGAGCAGUUUCGAUUGGAGUGCCGUUCGACCGUUCCACGACCCGUACCCCUUGACAACACCUCCGUCGGGUGUCCCACAGCGCCUCCCGCGCAUCCAACAUUCAUUUCCGAAGAAUUCCAGGUUCCUGGGAACCAUACAGGCCACUCGCCGCGAUGUGGUCAAGAAGACCUUCCAGAGAAAUUGGAAGAGCUAUCGCCAGUUCGCAUGGAUGAAAGACGAGUUGACCCCGCUUACUGCGGCAAGCAAGAAUACCUUUGGGGGGUGGGCUGCAACUCUGGUGGACUCGCUCGAUACGCUAUGGAUUAUGGAUCUGAAGAAAGAGUUUUACGAGGCAGUGGAAGCAGUUGCUCAGAUAGAUUGGGCCGUCACAAUGGAUACAGCUUGCAAUAUGUUUGAAACUACUAUUCGCCAUCUAGGCGGCCUGUUAUCUGCAUAUGAGUUGAGUAACGAGGUUGUGUUAUUGGAAAAAGCUAUUGAACUCGGUGAUAUGCUCUACGCUGGCUUCGACACUCCGAACCGGAUGCCAGCAUUUUGGUUGGAUUUUGAAAAGGCCAAAAACGGCGAUCUUAUAGCCGACUCUCACGUGCCCUCUGCGAGUCCGGGUAGUCUAUCUCUAGAAUUUACACGGCUUUCUCAGAUCACUGGCGACGCCAAGUACUACGAUGCCAUCUCCAGGGUUUCCGAAUUACUCCAUGCAACACAGAAUGCCACCAAGCUUCCGGGUAUGUGGCCAACAUUCUUCAAUAUGAGGGAUGUGGACGUCACCCAAGAGAAUUCCUUUACCUUGGGCGCACUGGCAGACUCUCUGUACGAAUACCUGCCCAAAAUGUACGCACUCCUUGGUGGACUCGACCGAAGCUAUGAGAGCAUGUUCCUUACAGCAGCCGACACCAUCCGGAAAUACCUUUUAUAUCGGCCGAUGACAGUACAUAAUGAGGAUAUCUUGUUCUCUGGAACAGUCAAUGUGGACUGGGCGAUCUCACUCAAUCCAGAAGGGCAGCACCUUGGUUGUUUUGCAGGAGGCAUGUUUGCGUUAGCAGGCCGCCUUUUCAAUCGACAAGACCACGUCGACACUGGUGGAAGGCUUGCCCGAGGCUGUGCGUGGGCCUAUCAAGCCUUCCCGACGGGCAUCAUGCCGGAAAUUUUUAGCAUGGUGACAUGCGAGUCCUUGGCCGGUUGCGAAUGGGAUGAAAACCGAUGGCGACAGGAAGUUGCCAAGGACACACAUGGAUUUGUAUCCUUGCCGAAGGGAUUUCGCAAUGCGCGAGAUCCCUCCUACAUCCUUCGUCCGGAAGCGAUUGAAAGCGUCUUCUUGCUAUAUCGCAUUACUGGGCUCGAAGAGUUCCAGGAAGCAGCUUGGGACAUGUUCAAAGCAAUCGAAGCGACUACUUCCACCCCGUACGGAAACGCAGCUAUUGACAGCGUCACUGUUACUGGCAACCCGGUCCAGCGAGAUUCCAUGGAGAGCUUCUGGCUUGCAGAGACCCUGAAAUACUUUUACCUCGUGUUUUCACCCCCUGACCUGAUCAGUCUUGAUGACUGGGUAUUCAACACAGAAGCGCAUCCUUUGAGGAUACCGAAGGCUUAG